AUGAUUAAUACUGUACAUGAAAAAAAGCGUUCAGGCUUGAAAUUAAAGAAGGAGAAAAGAUAUCACAAUAACCUAUUCGUUAAGGUUGAAAAUGUUGGAGCAAUAAACUUUGUAACUGUGUCCAGUAAAGAGGGCAUGCGUGUUCUGAUGAAAAGUCUGUGCGAUGAACUGCAAAUACCAGAAGCUGCUUUUGAAAGUGUUUUUGAAAAGAAGAUGGACUCUGAGAAGAUUGUUUGCGAAAAAGAUGAGGAAGGAAAUGGGCUAAAAGAAUAUAUAUCACAAGAUUUUGAAAACCUGACACCAGAAGAGCGAGGAAACGUUACUUCAGAAGUGAAUAGACGGGCUGGUGAGGAAUUUGCAAACCUGCACAGAAAAGUGCUGACACAGCUUGAUGUUAACCUUUUUGCAGAAUAUAUGAAAUGUGUCGGGGCCUUGGUUAACAACGGAGAAUUGUUCGGAACCGUGUUCCGAGCAGGCGACGUUUAUCUUAUGACAACUUUCAAUGUUAUUCAAAGGAUAAUUGAUCCGUGUAAUACUGGUCAAGCUGAUUAUACACUCAUUGAAGCCGAAAAUGUUUUCGUCAAUUUCAACUCUUCGGUAUUGGACAUACCCGAUUAUAAGUUCAGAGUACGCCAUGUCAUUUCAACCGACACACCACUUCUGGACUAUACAGUUCUGCAGAUAAUAAACAAUAAUGAUACGUUGCCAAAGGGACUGAAGUUGGAUAAGAAGCCUCAUAACACUGAAACAAGACCGUUAUACGGAAUUGGUUACGGUAACCCUGAAACCCCUUUCUAUAAGGUGCUAGAUAAUUCCUGUCCUAUCAUUUCCUCAAUAAAUACGAGAAUUCUGGAUUGUGUGAAAUGGCUUGAUGAAACCCAAGAUAAAAAUGUACCUCAAGUUGCUGGGCUUAAUCGGUCACAGUACUUUAAGGCACAUGUUCAGGCGAUGGGGUUUGAUCCUAAUAUUGUAGAUAAAGGAUACCAGUGUAUUGGUAGGGAACAGCAUAUUUUCAUAAAUGCUUAUAUGGAACGCGGAGCGUCUGGUUCUCCUUUUCUGACAAGUGACGGAUGUGUCAAGGGUGUACUUAUUAGCGGUUAUCCAGCUUUUUAUUUUCAUCUUCCUAAAAUUGUAAGGUCUGGCUUUCCGAGGGAUAAAACAUUUGAAUGUAUUUUGAAAUUGGAAUAUGUACACCAACAUAUUUUAGAACGGGACCCAGAAAUAGCUAAUAAAUUGUUCGGCUAAACCCACAUUAGAAAUUCUCUUUUGGGCUUAUUUAUUCUGAGAUUGUACAAACAGUUUCUCAAGACAUCCUUGUUUCUUUUUGAAAUUUCUGAGUUGUCAAUCUAUUUAUGAAUGGAACCAAGACAUAGUUUAUAAAUUGAGCGGCUUAAUACCAAAUUAGAAAUGUUCUUUUUGGCUUAGUUAUUCGGAGAUUGUUCAAAUAGUUUCUAAAGACUUCUCAUUUUUCUUUUUUGAAAUUCCUGAGUUGUCAAUCUAUUUAUGUUUCGAUAAAAAUAAAAUUAAGACGAGACUAGUUUAGGUCUCAUGAGAAAUUAGAAUGAGUAAGGUAAAGAGCAUAAUAGAUUUUGCACUUUUGCACCCAAAUUUUGUUUAACUUAUAAUUGUAUAAGUUUGCCUGUGAAUUUAGGUUUAUGUGUAUAAAAUGUAUUCCUUCUUAUGAUGUUGUUUCGAUAAAAGCUUUUGCCAAUUUAACAUAUUACACCCCCACUUUGAUCAAGCACUUAUCUAAGCAUCCAUUAUUUUACCGGUCGCUUCAUUACGACUGUACUUGUUAAGCAAAACAUACAUUUGUACAUACUAUUACUGUGUCGUUCAACAGAAUUUCUAAUUAUCAUGGUUGUCAAUUCUCGCGCAGUUUACAUAUCUUGAAGUCAGACACAAUGUGAAGCCAAUACUAGAAUCUUUACUAGUACAUUUAAUCUGGAUAUCAGAUCUGUUAACUGUGACAUCAAUCUCUGUUCUGAUAUUGAUCUGUUUGCUGCAAUUUGAAUUCAUCUUUUGUGACAUUGAUCCAUCAGCUGUGACAUUUAUCCAUCUGCUUUGACAUCAAUCCUUCUACUUUGACAUUAAUCAGUAUGCUUUGACAUAAUCUGCUGCGACAAAAAAU